GGAGCAUGAGCCAUCGAUUUUGUUGACCUCCAAACGGCCGCCUGAAAACUCUAUCCUCACCACCGCCCCUAAAAAACCAACAUUAAUUAAUUCUAUACCAAAUGGCACCUCCAAACGGAGCCGCCGCCGACCUCACACAACCCUUGGUCGACUCUCACCUCCACCCGGACCCGCUCCCUUCCCCCAAAUCUCCCCCGCCGCCGCCUGCAGAGCCGCCCCACUGCGGCAGCAACGAGCUCGAAAACGUCCUGUCCGAUUCCAACCUCCCCUUCGUCCGUCAAUUUUCGAUCUAUGGAUCCGAAUUCAGCCUGCGACAACAAUCCCUUAUUAAGGCCGGUCUCGGUCAGAGAUUGAGAGAGCUGCCAUGGAGAGAACAGAUCCUCUUCUAAUUGCAGAUCUACUGGUAAUAUCUCAACCUCGAAAAGCUUACAUCUCCGACGAAAUCAUUAAAUUUACUGUUCUCAAAGCCCUCACUGUCAUCCGAGCUACCAUCCCUUAGCUACUAUUUUACCAUUUACUCCAUCAAUCGGGUCGCCGUUGCAAGAUCCAACUAAUGGAGUUCCCCAUCUUGAGAUUCUUGUAUUUGCCUAGCUUGGAUGAAUGAUCCCAAUACUUCUAUUGGUGGAAUGCAUGAUGCUAGGGACGAAGAGUUGUAAUUCUCAAAGCUGAGUAACAUAGUGAUCCUAUGGUAUUAAAUGGUUGUAAUGGUC